UUUCUUGAUGAGCUCUUGACAGCCUCCUUUACUUUCUCGUUCAUUGACUCAGGCCCGGAGAUGCCCUGCCGGCGCACUUGGUGAUCGUUGUUCACUUACUCACUUCGAUGGAUGAUCAGAGUCAGGGCAUUUUCUAUAAGACGGCUAGGUCGCUCUCCACAGCAUGUGUUGAGCAGAACUCGUGAGCGGCCAUGUAUAUCGGGCGGCCCUCCUGGUCUGCAACCAUGCACAUCGCGACCUAGUUCAUCAUCGACCAAAAAAUCUAGAACCAACCACCUUCCUCCCGUCCACGAUCCUUUAAGCAUCCGACGUGAGGGCUCUGACGAUGCUUCAUUUCUCUCAUUCUUGAAACAACCCGUCUCCUCAGUAGUACGACAGAGCUCUGAGGGGCCAAUCGAUCGCGAGCUAGACGAAAUCGCAGAAGACGUCCGUGAGACAUACGAAGCCACAGAGGUCGACUUGGAAGACCUUCCAGGCUUUGAUGAUCGAGAUCAUAAUGCAACCCGACGCCGGCGGCGGUCCAAGCAACACACUGACAUAAAUCUGUUUUCCGUUCGGGAGAAUCCUCGAAAGAUUGACUUGUCUUACACCAAUGUACUUCGUUGGGAAGUAAACCUUCUUGACACUACAUCGACAACUCCCGCUUCAACCUCCUUUCGAUCUGACAGUCGCACUCGGAGCGUCUUAAUCUCAUACAUGCAAAAUGUGCAGCCGCUCUUAGACCAAGACGAAACCCCCCACCAGCAGGCCCUCCUUUCAAAGGCAAUACAACAGACCUUUGACAAUACCGCCGUUGAGAGGCUGGCAGAAGCUCGGUUCGAUGCUUGCGACGUCGCGUGUUGGUCUUGGAUAUUGUCCGCUUCCUCGAUAGACAUCGCAAUCAAUAGGUAUGCUGCAUUACACAAGGAUUUUCGUGAGCGUGGUGAGGGGAGACGAAUUUCAAAGUUGGUACUUCUGCAAAUGCUCAGAGCAGGGUCAAUCAGUCCCUUAGGCCUCCGGCAACUUUGCGACACAUUACGUGCAGAGCUUCUUAGUUACCGUGGCUUCUCAUGGGUGACGAGAGUUUGCCUUGUUGUUCGACUUCUACGUCAUGCUCGUCAUGUGUCUCCAGAACAGAUCCCCGAUAUCGUUUUCAUCAUUGGACAUCUCUUUUCAUACCACUACAAGGGACGAGAUGCCGGCAAGCAUGAGGUGAGAAGACUGACGCACGUUUUCAACCGUUUCCUCACUCUUCUUUCACUUGUUCCCAGGAGAAAUGCUUUCAACUCAUAUCUGUUGCAGCAGAACGCACAGCUUGCGCUUGUUCGAAUGAUGCUCUCUUUUCAACCUUCACUACCUGUGACGAGAGAAGGCUUCCGAGCCUUGAUUAAGGUUCAACUACUCCACAAGAAAACUCCAGAAGAACGGGCAUGGGCAGGGGCGAAAUCUUUGUCUUGGCCCCCUUGGCGAGAGGACAAGCUUGGUAUAGAAGAGGAUCUUGAGUACCCCGGGCAAGAGAGCCGGACUAGCAAACUCUUGCGCCGUAUGUCGGAAGCUGGAUAUUCUCAUGCCUCUUGGGAACAAACUGCUUCAGCGCUAGCAGGUUGGGAUACUGAUAAAAGCCCAACUAUCCAGACUCGAGCUGUUCUGCGAAGGCCACCCUUUCCAUGGCUAUUGUCACCUCCGAUGAAAACAAAGAAAGAUGAAGUACAACCUGAACAUGACUUAUGGUAUGCUCGUAUUCAGGCAACCCGAACGAGGUUGGAAGCAUGGGCAGCAUUUUGUGCCUAUCUGAAAAACUCUAACCCUGGAGGCCGGCAGAGGAAGCUUUACUAUGCCAUGCUGGGCAAGCUGAUGACCAGAACGGUCCUGACCGACUCUGACGAGGCUCGGAAACACUUUCCAGGCGAUCUGUUGGAGACUUUCGAAGAGCCCCCAGACUUCAAUCAAAUGGUUUAUGUGGAGCGCAAGAUCCCGACGGCGGACGAGUUCUACGAGGAAAUGUUGAGGGAAGGUAUCAAACCUGCCGGAGGAAUGCUCUGUGACUUGCUGGACUACGCCGAUAGCCUCGAGGCCGGUUUCAGGUAUAUUCAAGAUUCUGCUUUGAGUGAAGUUAUCAGCGAUAUGCUACUUCACGCCGAGAAAUACCCCCGACAGUCUCUUGCACAAAUGCUCCACAACCUGAGACCCCAACUCUGGGCCUCCUUCAUGCGCCUCUUGUGCAGGUUUGCGCUGAGUGACCAUCCUGUUCUUCGACUACCAGCCAGCGCAAUCGGACCGACCGAGUACAAGCUUCAGCGUUGGGAGUCGGGGCAACUGAAGUCCUGCUAUCCCAUUACAUACGCAGAAGAGUUGUUACGGCUGGCAGAUAAACCCGAUACCAUUGUGUGGAAUGGUUUUCUCCGGGGAGUCCAUGACCUAAUCGCUAUCACGAAUAUGAGCGCGAACGCCGGGAAAUUUUCUCACUUUGAAAUCAAACUCAGGGUUUUACGAAAUUUUACGAGGAUGUUUACAUUUUCAUCGAUGCAGAACUCGACUAUUCAGCCAGACAUUGACACCUUCAGAUUGGCUGCGAACAUUGUCGAGCUUACUUUGCGUCCGGAAACAUAUUCUGGGAAAAUUCUGUCUGUCAUCCGAUCAUUAAAGAUCCUCUUUGCACAUGCCAUCUGCGGACAUGAUUUCACGCAGUUGAAUUCGAAGCCACCAUUGCUCGUGCCCGAGGUCAGGGAUCUCAAAUCACUGGUGCAGGCCAUCAUCUCUGCAAAUGAUGUCCCAGACCUGAUAUCCGUGCUGAAAUGGCUCAACGACAACAUGGACAUAUUUCAGGGUGGUCCAAAGACCCAUCCUUUGAUUACUCCUGCCCCGGACGAAGGUCUCCCUUCGAUGGAAUAUCUUUCUAGGGUGCAUGAAUUGCUUUGCAUGAUCCGGCUUUUCCUCGAAGGUAGCGAAGGCGCUCCACCGCAGGAUCCUGACGCCCUGUGGUUUACAACACCUCUUCCUACAACUCGGGAGCAAAUCGACACUGCUCGCCAGCUGUGCCAACCGUUGGGCUGGCCCAGCGAUGCAGACGUGAGUGCCUUCCUUGAGAAGCCAGCCAACCAAUUGUGGGUCACUAGGGUUGCUCAUGCAGCAGAUCUUGUUCGGACGUAUGAUUACACUCCCCAGAAUGCGGGGGGAAAGCCUCCCGGGUACCAUGAUAAGGUUAUCAAACUCUCGCAGAUCGAGGAAAAGGGUGACCACAAGAAAGGCACUCUCUUCAAGGGGAUACGUGUAAAGAACAGUACCAAAGUGGGCAAUGCGGGUGGAAAGCCUCCCGGGCACCAUGAUAAGGCUACCCAAUUCUCGCAGAUCGGGGAAAAGAGUGACCACAAGAAGGGCACUCUCAUCAAGAGGAUACGUGUACAGAACAGUACUAAAGUGGGCAACAGGUCUGGGUUCCUGUAA